CAUUUCCAGCUGCAGCAGGUCACUCGCGCUCCCUCUCGAAAUGGGUAACUGGUUGGCCAACGACGGGCUCUCCUUCUUCGUCAUCCUGGUGUGGCUGGGAAUCAACGCCUUCCUCUUUGUCCAUUUCUACAUGCAGUUCCUCGUGGAAAGGUGGUUCUACAGCAGGGCCAUCCUGGGGCAAGCCCUGCCCUGGGCCCGCGCCCCAGCCGCCUGCCUCAACUUCAACUGCAUGCUGAUACUGCUGCCCGUGUGCCGGAACCUUCUCUCCUUCCUGCGCGGGUCCAUCCAACGCUGCAGUCGUAGUGCUGCCCGGCAGCUGGACCGAAACCUCACGUUCCACAAGCUGGUGGCCUACAUGAUCGCGCUGCACACGGCGAUCCACAUCUUGGCUCACCUCUUUAACUUUGAGCGGUUCAUGGAUGCCCAGCUGGACAAAAAUGACACCCUGCAGUACGUGCUCUCCCAGAUUGGCAACGGGGACAACCGGUCCUAUCUGAAUCCCAUCCGCACCAAAGACACGAAUCCCACCUACGUCAUGUUCACUACAAUUGCCGGCCUGACUGGAGUGUUCAUGACCUUGGCUCUCAUCCUAAUGAUCACGUCGUCCACUGAGGUCAUCCGCAGGUCCUACUUCGAGGUGUUUUGGUUCACCCACCACCUCUUCGUCAUAUUCUUCAUUGGCUUGGUGCUCCAUGGAAUCGGGAGAAUCGUGCGAGGGCAGACCCCGACGAGCUUCCAGGAGAACAACCCAGCGGAGUGCGAGAAAUACUACCGCGAAUGGGGGAAAAACGGCACCUUCUGCCCCGUGCCAAAUUUUGCUGGCAACCCACCGAUGACGUGGAAGUGGGUGGUCGGCCCAAUGUUUCUCUACCUGUGUGAACGAGUGGUGAGGUUCGUCCGCUCUCAGCAGAAAGUGGUCAUUACAAAGGUGGUGAUGCACCCCUCCAGAACCCUGGAGCUGCAGAUGCGAAUGAAGGGCUUCAAGAUGGAGGUGGGCCAGUAUGUGUUCAUGCAGUGCCCCUCCAUCUCCCAGCUGGAGUGGCACCCCUUCACACUGACAUCAGCCCCAGAAGAAGACCAUUUCAGCGUCCACAUCCGCAUCGUGGGGGACUGGACGGAAGCUCUGUACAAGGCUUGCGGAGGCGAUAAGACCGAAGUCCAGGAUGCCUGGACGCUCCCAAAAAUGGCGAUCGACGGGCCUUUCGGCACAGCCAGCGAGGACGUCUUCCGCUACGAGGUGGUCAUGCUGGUGGGUGCUGGCAUUGGCGUCACACCUUUCGCCUCCAUCCUCAAGUCCGUGUGGUACAAGUACGUUCAACAAAAUGCCAACGUGUUCACCCGAAAGAUCUACUUCUACUGGCUGUGCCCAGAAACUGAGGCCUUUGAGUGGUUUGCUGACCUCCUGCAGAGUUUGGAGGGUCAGAUGGUGGAGAAAGGCCUGACUGACUUCCUCAGCUGCAAUAUUUACCUGACGAGGUGGAAAGAGUCCGAGGCUGCCCACUUCACAGUUCACCAUGAAGCGGAAAAUGACCCUAUCACUGGACUGAAGCAGAAGACUUUGUAUGGGAAGCCCAACUGGACCACUGAGUUCAACAAUAUUGCAGCAAAACACAACGGGGCAAAGGUUGGCGUCUUCCUCUGCGGACCACUCGGACUGGCAAAAACCUUGGGAAAACAAUGCCGUACCCAUUCGGUUUCUGGAGUCAAAUUCAUCUUCAACAAGGAGAACUUCUAAUCUGCUGCAACUGAACUGACAGCUCAUCUCCUAUCUGACCUUCCACCCCUCGACCCUGGAAACCACGGCAACAGCCAUCCUGCUUGAACGGCAGACACGUCACAGAGCUAAACACACAGCAGUUAAGGCGGACGAGUAAAGCGUACUGCGGAACAAUGGCGUCAGUUUAGGGCAGCUUUGACACUCAGUAGUUGCUUCCAAUGUUACGUUUUUGUUAAAUUCAUCCAAAGUGAAGUGCUUUAGUAUUUUUCUCUAACAUUUGCUAACUUUAUAAUAGCAUCUAGCACAUGAACUUGUCAUUUUUACAUUUUUAUGUUUAGUUUUGUUGCUGUACAUAAAGGAAGCUAUUAGCCUACAGCCUCAUUUGAAUUACGACUAUGAUCGUUUUCAACUUUUUUGUGAAUCGGUCACUUUGAUAUGGAGAAGAACUGUCUGACAGUCACAUACUGUUUAUUUAAUAGCCCUGUCCAAUAAAGAACAAUUAAAUGCAAUUAGUGGUAUUACAACUCCUAAAUUCAGUGAAGUAUAGAUAGUAGCAGUGCUGAGUAGAUAUACCGAAAUCGGUUGCACGUUGGUAUUACAACUCCUAAAUUCAGUGAAGUAUAGAUAGUAGCAGUGCUGAGUAGAUAUACCGAAAUCGGUUGCACGUAUCUCUGUGGUUUCAACCAAGAGUCUCAAAAGAGGAAGCGGUUAUUGGGACAUCGGUCACACUUUGACAUUCCAUUUGUUUGCACUGUGCGGUUUCAAAAUAGCUCUCUUACCAAAAUGUAUUAAGAAAUCACUUUUUAGAAUAGACCAGGCCUUGAUAUGAGCUCUUGCCCUUGUCAUGCCUCACGAUGUUAUUGGGUUUCUAAACCACUCUUCCUCUUUUCUAAAGUGGAUUUUUCAGUGUUGUGAAAGGCCAGCGUCACAUUGACUGUGGAUGUGACAGAACAGAUAGCACUGCUGUCUCAAAGCGCCUGGAUGAUGUGACAACACAGGUUCGAUACCCAUACAUUUUGCGUGGAGUUUACACGGCGUCCCUGUGUUUGCAUGGGUUUUGGUUUCCUCCCACAGUUCAAAGAUGUGCUGCUGUUGUAGCAGCAGCAGCAGCCUGAGUGAACUUCCCCACGGGGAUUAAUAAAGGAUUUGAAUUUUCUCUGAACUUCCACUUGCAGAAACCACAGCCAAGCCUUUGCCAUAUGCAGGAGACACACAUUAUGGACAGCUCCUUAUGUACAAUAUGGACAGACCAAAUCGGAAUUCUUUGAUUAAAUGUGCAAGUUUAAAAUGUUCAGCUUAUUAAAGAUACACAA